AUGGCUACAAAUACGAACAAGAAUAAUAGUCGAAUUGCCUUAAUUACAAGUGGUAUUAAAGGAAUUGGUUUUGAAGUGGCACAUCAAUUGGCUAAUAAAGGUAUUGAAGUACUAAUUGGUUCUCGAGAUGAAAUAAAAGGUGAAUUAGCUGCGCAAAAACUUGCUUCCGAAAAUCUUCCAGUUACUUAUAUACAAAUUGAUGUUACUAAUCAAGCAACCAUUGAUCUUGCUGUUACGGAAGUUGCAAAUGCAUAUGGUCGUCUCGAUAUUCUCAUUAAUAAUAGUGGUAUCUAUUUAAAUGAACCACGUCCAAAUGAAUUAUCAUUAGAUAUGAUUCGACAAAAUUUUGAAGUAAAUUUUUUUGGUGCAUUUGCUAUUACAAAUGCUUUUUUACCGUUACUUCGUCAAUCAUCAUCUGCAUGUAUUGUUAAUAUUUCAAGUUCUUUAGGUUCAUUUCAAUUUCAUGAAAAAAGUAAGGAUCAUCAUUUUCAUUGUGCAUAUAGUGCAUCAAAAGCGUCGCUUAAUAUGUUAACACUUCAACUGGCUAGAGAUUUACAUGAAACAAAAAUAAAAGUGAAUGCAUGUACAUCUGAUUUACCAACUAUGACAUUAUCAAAUAAUCAUGGUCAUUCAAUUGAAAAUGCUGCUAAAUCAAUUGUUUUCCUAGCAACAUUAUCUGAUGAUGGACCAACUGCACGUAGUGAAGAACUUGGUUUGAAAGCGGUUCAACAGUUACAAGAAACAAAUAAAGAUGCUCGAGAUAAAGUUCAUUUUCAUCAAUUAGAUAUAACAAAUGUUGAAAGUAUUCGACGAUUAGCUGAUCAUAUUAAAAAAAAUCAUGGUGGUUUAGAUAUUCUUAUAAAUAAUGCCGGUAUGGCAUUUAAAGUCAAUGAUAUUACACCCUUUGGAGAUCAAGCGGAAAUAACAGCUCAAACAAAUUUUUUCGGUACAAUUAAUGUUUGUAAUGCUUUAUUUCCUCUAUUACGAGAUCAUGCACGAGUUGUUAACGUAUCAAGUCGGGCUGGUAUGCUUGAAUCAGUAAAAAAUAAUGAAAUACGUCAUAAUUUAAUAUCACCAAAUGCAACCAUUGAAACUGUUUCUGAUAUUCUUAGUGAUUUUAUCAAAAAUGCAAAACAAAAUUCGCAUCAAGAUAAUGGUUACCCAAAUAGUGCAUAUGGAAUGAGUAAAGUUGCAUUGACAGCUGCAACUCUCAUACAACAACGUUUCUUCGAUGAAAAAUCUACUAAAGAUAUUAUUGUUAAUGCUUGUUGUCCUGGUUAUAUUAAUACUGAUAUGACAGCGAAUAAAGGACCUGGAACAGUUGAACAAGGCGCCGAUACACCUGUUUAUUUAGCAACAUUAGAACCAAAUGCAAAAUCACCACGAGGAGAAUUUGUUGCUGAAAGAAAAAUUCUCAAAUGGAAAUGUUAA